AUGGCGCCGGCCGCCCCCGGCGGGCCCCGCCGCCCGCCCCGGCCCCGCCGCUGCCCGCUCCUCCGCCGCCGCCGCCGCUCAGCGCAGCGCGCGCCCCGCCCCGCCCCGCGCGCUCCCGGCGGCGCAGUGCGCGCCCCCCGCCCCGCCCCGCCCCGGCACGUGCGCCCGCGCGCGGCCAAUCGUGGCGAGACCCGCGGCGCUGGGACGCGCCCCCCGCCCCGCCCGCGGCCGAUGGCGACACGCCCCCAGGAGCCGGGCCACGCCCUCCGCCCGCUGGCAGCCAAUGGGGACACGCCUCCAGGAGCCAGGCCCCGCCCCCAGCGCCGCUGGCAUCCAAUGGAGCCACGCCCCCACCGCCCGGGUUACGCCCCUCCGCCGCGCUCAGCUACUGAGACCCCGCCCCUGCAGCGCCCACAGCCAAUGGAGACACGCUCCCACUACCAAGGCUACGCCCCCACAGCACAGGCCACCCCCUCUGCCCAGGCCACGCCCCCGAGCAGCCCGCAGUCAAUGGGGUACGCCGUUGCUACAGAGGCCACGCCUCCUGCAUCUCUACCGUCAAUUAGGCCCCGCCCCAUUGCCCGGGCCACUCCUCCGCAGGGCCCGCAGCAGGACACGCCCCCCGGUUCUGAAUGGCUUUAG